AUGGCUACGGUUGAUCGACUCCACACGGCCGAAGGCAAUGUCCUUCGCUCUAUUGAUCACUGCGACUUAACAGCCGCAUCUGCAUCUGCAUCUGCACCUGCAUCCCCAUCCCCUCCUCAAGAUACCACCCGUGAAGAUUCCCCAAAGACACAGUCGUUGGAAAGAAGAAACACUUCCUCGCACGAUGUCGACGAGGAGCCAGUUCAAACCCCAACGUCGCAGAGUGAUGUCAUGGAGAAAGACAUCCAACCGUGGUCUCCUCCGCUUCCUUCCAUAGACUGCGAGGGUGAGGACUUUCAGCCUCAUUAUGGAGCCCCAAGUCCUUCAGCCCUACAAGGCACAAGUCCAUCAAUUCACGGCGAGAACCAAAUCCAAAGUUUCAGCUCCGAGUAUCAUCCCUACGACCUCCCACCGGUGGCAACCUCUUCCGAGCCAGACACGUCAAUCAAAGGAGAAGAGAGCUUUGAUCCCAAUGAUCCGACCAUUGAUCUAUUUCAUCCUGUUCCCAGACUACCCAGUCUGCUCAUCGCCAGCAGGAACAUGGCGAUGUUUCCAGAUACUUUCCCAGAUGCUAAGAUCGAGUUUGACUCAACGUCGCUAUUCCCCUCCCCUGAGGAUUCGAACGAGUGCUUGUUUAACGACGGCAUAAUUCCAAAACCAGAGUGGAUGAUGGACGUGGGAACCGCGCCGCUAUUCAACGACCUCUUACCGAGAAUGCCGGUAGACACGCUUGUUGGCACCAGCGUGACCUCAAUGAAUGACACAUGCAGUCCCGAUUCCUCACUAUCGUGGUCGUCUCUUGGCUACCAGACCGGUUUCGGCAUGCAGCAGCAGCACCACCACCAACAACAACAGGCUCUUAUCAAUCACAAUGAGGUCCUCUGCUCCAACGGUCCAGAACUCUUCACUACCCCCAAUGACCAUUACGACAAUAUCAACACCGGAUACGACCAGACAGCCCCGACAGGCACGGCAACCAAUGACUUCCACGGCCUGACGCUCUUGAACUUGAACAACGAAACCCAAAGCCAUCUUUACCUCCCUCCACCGGUACCAGUACCAGUACACAUGAACCUGAACCCCUGCCGACCCGAAUACACCAACCUACCAAGCCCCCGAGACCCAGCGCCGGCGCUGCUGAACAGCAACCCCUCGCCAUUCUACGACCCCGCAGACACAUUCACAUACCAAGAGAGUCUAUUCCAACUAGAUCAACUCACACAUCCACAACCGCGAUUCACGCUCACGACAACGACAACAAGCCACCUUCGUCCGCAAUUACUAGGUACUGGUACUAGACCGUCCAGGUGCCCCGGCGAGGCCCGAAACGCCUUCUUGAUAGAAUGUAAACGCCACGGACUAUCAUACAAGGAUAUCAAACGGCUCGGGGGGUUCAAGGAAGCAGAGUCAACGCUACGUGGUAGGUUCCGGAACCUGACGAAGUCGAAAGAUCAGAGGGUCAGGAAACCACAGUGGCAUGAUAAGGAUGUGAGCUUUCCGCUUCCCCUUCCUCGCGCACCAGACAGACACCAAGGGCUAACAUGCAAACAAGAUCAAACUUCUCUGCGAAGCCGUGAACCUCUGUUCGGAGACCGGGAGGGCCUGCCACCAUUGCCGCGGUCGCAGCUCUGGUCGUCGACCCAGCCUGAUCACAGAGCCGCCUAA